GCCCUCCGCUCGACAUCUCAUAAUUGCAUAUAAAAUUAUUGGUGGGGUGACACCAUCACAAAUUCCAAUUGUUGCCGUGGACUGCGAUUCUUUAUUGCGAGGCUACGACAACAGCCUCGCCAGUAUCAGAGAUAAAAUGGCCAUCGAAGCGCCAGCAGACGAGCUCCAGAAGCUCAGCGUCAAGGACAGUGGCGCUUCCAACGGAAAGUCCGCCACAAAUGGAACAACCGACGCCAAUGUAGCCGAGCAAUCGGGCGAAGACUCAGACGACGACGCCGAUGUCCAAGCCCCUGAGGCUGCAGGCGCUGCAAAAAAGAAGAAGAACAAGAAGAGAAAGCCAAAGAAGAAGAAGAAGGCGCCCACCGAGCAGACUGAUCCGCCCAGCGUCUUGAUAUCCCAGCUCUUUCCCAACAACACUUACCCCAAGGGCGAGGAAGUUGAGUACAAGGACGAGAACCGCUACCGUACCACCAGCGAAGAGAAGCGUCACCUGGACAAUAUCAACAAUGAGUUCCUCGCCGACUACCGCCACGCCGCCGAGACGCACCGUCAAGUCCGCCAGUGGGCCCAGAAGAACAUAAAGCCCGGCCAGAGCCUGACCGAGAUCGCGAACGGAAUCGAGGACAGCGUGCGUCGUCUGGUCGGCCAUGAUGGCCUUGCAGAGGGAGAUGCACUCAAAGCUGGCAUGGGAUUCCCCACUGGUCUCAACCUUGACAACAUUGCGGCCCACUACAGCCCGAACUUGGGCAACAAGACUAUUCUGCAACAAAGCAACGUCAUGAAGGUCGACAUCGGUGUCCAUGUAAACGGCAACAUCGUCGACAGUGCCUUCACCUUAGCAUUCGAUCCCAUGUACGAUAACCUGCUAGCUGCCGUCAAGGAUGCCACCAACACUGGCGUCAAGGAAGCUGGCAUCGAUGUCCGUCUUGGUGAGCUGGGAGGUCUGAUCCAGGAGACCAUGGAGAGCUACGAGUGCGAGAUAAAUGGUACCACCUACCCGAUCAAAUCCAUUAGGAAUCUGACGGGCCAUACCAUUUUGCCUUACAGCAUCCACGGCACCAAGAGUGUGCCCAUUGUGAAGUCGCCAGAUACGACGAAGAUGGAGGAGGGCGAUGUAUUCGCCAUCGAAACCUUCGGCAGUACCGGAAACGGAUACGUGCAUGAGCAGGGCGAGGUUUCGCAUUACGCCAUCAACAAGGAGGCCCCGAAGGUGGACUUGCGUUUGUCCUCCGCCAAGUCGCUGUUGAGUGUCAUUAAGAAGAACUUCGGCACCAUUCCGUUCUGUCGACGGUACAUUGACAGACUCGGCCAGGAGAAGUACUUGUUGGGCUUGAACAACCUCGUCCAAAACAAUAUUGUCGAAGAUUACCCACCUCUGGUGGACAAGAAGGGCUCCUACACAGCCCAAUUUGAGCAUACUAUCUUGCUCCGACCUACCGUAAAGGAGGUCAUCAGCCGCGGUGACGACUACUAGACUGUCGGGGAUGAAACCCAUCGGCGGCUUGUGGAUAGAAAGGCUACCAAUCAUGCUGAUACCUGAACUUGUUGUGUUUCGGGACACCCAACACCACACUCUAUAGC